AGAAAGCCGAAAGUAGCCGAUUCUUAAUGUAAAAAGCAACCGAAUGUUUUCUGCCUUUUUCAGUAUUAGCUUUGCUUAUAAUUCAUAAGAUUGUCAUAAAGAAUGUUUAGCAGUAAGAGCUACCUGGAAAGGAAGACAGGCCCGUAUGGUGUAGGCCGACUUAGUUAUCUCCAGUCGCUUGUCAAUGAGUAUCAGAACACAGACGAUGAUGACGCGAAGACCCAGAUAAUAGGGAACCUGGCAAACUUUGCUUAUGAUCCAAUCAACUAUGAAUAUAUGAAGGCACUGAACGUACUGGAUCUGUUCCUUGAUGGUUUGGAAGACCCAGAUGAUAAAAUAGUGGAAUUUGCUAUUAGUGGCAUAUGUAAUGCAUGUAACUAUCCUGUCAAUAAGAAACACAUAAUUGACAACGGCGGUGUGAAGAUGGUUAUAAACUGCCUGUCCAGGCCGUCAGAAGACACCGUGCUUUCAGCCAUUACUUCAUUGAUAUACUUGAUUUGUCCAGAGACGAAGACAGAAAUAGUAAGUCUUCCUGUGGUAGAAUGUAUGCUGAGACUUUCAAAGGCCAAAAAUCCCAAACUCAAAAACCUUGCAACAAUUUUUAUCGAGGAUCAUUGUGACCCUAGUGUUGUGGUAGAAGCGCAGAAGAUUCAACAAAGACACUUUCAUAUUCCUUCAACUGUGUCAUCAUGAUAAAACCCAAAUUUUCUUUAUGUCAUGAUGCACUUUGUUUUUAAAAAGAAGAUAUCAUUAUUAUGUACUUUUUGAGUACUGUUUUGUUCAUCAUAAUGUCAUAAGACCUUAACCAUAGUAAUGUGAUGGAAGUUGAAAUACACAGUUGAAGAUGUC